AUGGCUUCAAAGAUCGCCAAUGCUGGAAAGCAUACCAUAUUGGAAGAAAUGAUUAAGCGAGCUAUGCAAGAAGACGAGCAGGCCCUGCAAUAUCUGGACGUGGAAGACAGCUACGUCACACCAAAAAGUGAUUUGCCGCCAGAGUGGGUGGGAAUGAAGUGUGAUUACAAGGAGACAGUGGCUUUGUAUGUGGCAACAAAGAAGCUGGGGAUGCAGAGGUAUCAAUCAAUGUCUCGAAACUAUCUGAGAUGUAUGAGGCAACUAGCCAGAAUAAAGUUUAACAAAGAGUUUCCGGAGGACAGUUAUUCAGUAGAGAGAGAAGACAUCCUCGAAGAAAUGGCGCUCAUGUCCUGUGAUCCUUUCCCAGAACAAUUAAACAGGACACUCUUCCAGCAAGAAAUAAACGAAGGGUUUCAAGAUUCAGAUGAUGAUGAUGAUAUCAUUCCCCCGACGCCAAGGAAGAAAAAGUUGACUUCACAAUACUCGGAUGAAGACCCUACUCCAACACAACAGUCAGAUGAAGACCCUACUCCAAAAACACCAAGGAAGAGAAAGUUGACUUCACAAGACUCGGAUGAAGACUCUACUCCAAAAAGACCAAGGACAAAAAAGUUGACUUCACAAGACUCGGAUGAAGACUCUACUCCAAAAAGAAAGCGUAGCCAUCACAGCCAAGUUAAAUGCAAGGUGCCUGGCUGCAAGUUUCAUGGCCAAGACAUAAAAAGGCACUUGUGGACACACGUCAAGAAGGGAGAGUAUAGAGUCAAGCUGAAGGCAGCAAAGCCCUACAGUGGACUUGGUGAAGUCCAUGCCCUUGUAAAGGACAGAGAAGAAUCUCUAGAAGGGAAAAAACCGUCAGAGGAAGAUUUGCCAGUCCUGCUUUCAGAGGCAGGGGAAGAUGUGACAAAGCCAGCGGACACAUCAAGAGGUAAAGAUGAUGGACAAAAGGAAGAAGAUAAUGAACAUGAUGUUGACGAAAAUAAUGAUGAUGACGACGAAGAACAUGAUGAAGAUGACCAAGAUAAUGAAGAUGAUGAUGAUGAAGAUGACCAAGAUAAUGAGGAUGGUGAAGAUGACGAAUAUAAUGAAGAUGAUGAAGAUGACGAUAAUGCAGCAAAGAUUAAAUCCCAACCUGGAGCCUUGGAGUACUAUACCGCAACUAAAUAUGAUGACAACAGACAUCAGUGGCUUUGCGGGUUUUACAGGUACCUAGGCCUACCAGAUGCUGGAUACAAAAAAGAUGCACUAAAACUCCAGCACGUUGGCCAGGUUAAGCUUCUCCUUGAAGCCCUUGAUAAAGAUGGAGAUGAUAUAACGGUGCUCGGUGAAGAGCAAGGCCAUGCAGUCUGGUCAAGAUGGGUAGAUCCUCAACUACAAAGUGGAAAGAAACCCCCGCGAACUACAAUAUCGUACCUUACAAGUCUGGAAAAAUUCCUCAGGUUCAUCACCUCCAGGCUCUAUGAUUUUAAGAGCAUGCCGCCGCUACACCCCAAUUAUCGAGUACUCUUCAGACGAUCUCGUCCCAUCUCUAAAGGGGUGGAGAGCUACAGUAGACGCAUCCACUCAGGACCGUCAAGUCCACAGGUACAUCGAUGAGUGUGAUGCGAUGAUCACCAUGAAAGAAAUGCAACAAGUGAAGCAAAGUGAACCCUAUACCGAUGGAGAGAGGUACCUCUUAGAGGCAAGUGAAGGGAAAAAACUUACAUUCGAAGAGUUCGCCCUUGUUCGGUAUCUUCUGCUAGUGAAAUUUGCCCUCCUGACAGGCACCCGACCUGCACCAUUAAAUAACGCAGUUCUUGGAGACUUUCAAACUGCAAGAGAGGAAAGAGGGAAACAAAUCAUUUUAGUACCGAAACACAAACGGUCCAAGGAUGGACCUGCAAUGCUGGGUAUGAACCAGGAGCUCCAGCGCGAAAUGGCCAUCUAUGUGCAGAAGAUCAGGCCUCAUUUUGCCAAUCCAGAUGAAGACAAGAUCUUCGUGAAAGACGAUGGCUAUGGCUUCAAAAAAGGAACGAUCGGCAGACGGCUUACUGAGUUUUUUGCAAAGACUGGU